AUGGUGGAGCGAGGACAAGAUUUAGUAAUCGAGGAUCAGGGUUUACGAUAUGUAUUAAAUGUCGAGGAAAUCAAUGGAGACGAAAAUGUUUUGGUAGCUAGUGUUAUAGACACAGAUAUUUUAUUAGACAUUGUAUCACUUGGGGGUGAGCAGCAGCAAAAACUUGACUUUAAUGAAGAACCUGUGGAAUUGUGUUUGGAAACUAAAGAGAUUAAUACUCAUUUGAAAUCAUUCUUGACUCCCGGAUUUCGACCGACUAUUUUUAAGUUACCCGUAAGUAAAGCCACUAAUAAUAUUGUUUUAGAGAUGAGUCCAGUGGGGGACAAUUUGGAUGAACAAGCGAUAUUCAACAUUGAUAUGAUUAUUGGUGGAGAUAAAUUUGUUUCGAUGGAAAAUUUUGAAUUUAGCACAAUGGAUCAGGAUGCAAAAUUACAGCGGUUUGUAGAUACUGGCGAAAAUACAGUGGUCAAACAGAUUACAAUUGAUGCUAAACUGGAUUUUGUGUUGAACAAAUUGAAUUGUAUUGAGGAAACUGAUCCAUAUUUAUAUCUAGUACCAUUUUCCUGGGACGAGGAGCAAGAUGUGAUUAUUAGAGUAUCCGAUGAUUUAGAAUCACUCCAUCACCACCACCACCUGAAAGAAAAAGAAGAAGAAGAAGAGGAGGAGGAGGAGGAGACCCAAGAAGAACUUUGCUCAGCUCCCUCGCUUAAACAAUGCCCCAAUUGUUUGAAAUACAUUGCACCAGAUAAACUGCUACUUCAUGAGUCAUUUUGUUCAAGAAACAAUAUUCGGUGUCCUCGAUGCAAUGUGGCAUUUCACAAACUGGUCUUUGUCACCCAUUGGCAUUGUGACCAAGGCUGUUCUUCAUUUUAUUCAAACUCCAGUCUUUUGAGAUUCAAGCAUAUUAAGCUCUACCACUCUGUACAACAGUACCAAUGCUGCGAUACCACAUUUACUGAUUUUUUCCGAUUGGUUGAUCAUAAAUCUCACGAGUGUCCGCGAAAACUACAUCAAUGCAAGUUUUGUCAUUUGAUUGUACCUCAGGAAUCUGCAACACUGGAAUCUAAACUCGCCAAUUUGACUCAGCAUGAGUAUAUAUGUGGCAACAAGACGACAGAAUGUUGUAAAUGUUUUAAAAAUAUACGAUUGAAGGAUUUAUCGAGCCAUAUGAAAGUACACGAGCUUGACAAGAUUCAACAGAACGAAGCACUUGAAUUUAUCAAGUGUUGUAAUGUCAAUUGUAUAAAUGAGAAGGAUAUGGAUAAUGAAUUGGACUUGUGUGGAAUUUGUUAUGGACCGUUAUACUUGACGCAACACGAUCCCACCAAUAUCAAGUUGCAACAAAGAAUAGAGAGGAAAUACAUGAUCCAAUUGUUUCGAGGAUGUCAACAUUCGUGGUGUAGCAACGAAUAUUGUCGGACGGGCAAUGGAAACAAACUAUCUACAUCAAUGCAAGAUCUACUCAGUUUGACAAAUGAGAAACUAAUCAAAAAUAUAUAUAAGCCUGGUUUGCCUAUAAAUAAGAAUGUUGAUGAGGCAAGGCAGGAAAAUAAUCAGGUGUGGUUUUGUGUCAAUGAGACAGUAAGCAACAAGAAACUGCUCUAUGAUAUGUUUAGUAGAGAAGGAGAAUAUGAUGAAAAGAUUAUUUUAAAAGCAUUGAGCGUGAACAAUAGCAAUGAGAAGGAUGUUAGACAAUGGUUGUUGGACAAUGGUAUUAAAAAUACUGCACUAUCGAGCAGAGCGAGAUAG